GCUGCUGUUUUUCAAGUGUCAAUACUAUCUGAAAAUGUAGGUUACUUGCGUUUUGAUCAAUUUCCUGAUGCUGGAGUGCUGAUCAAGCUGGAGCCCUACAUCAUCAAUCAAGUCUGGGAACCUUUGCAGGCAACAGAUUAUUUGAUCAUUGACCUGCGCUACAACCAUGGUGGACCAUUUUCAGAUGCUGUACCAGUCCUAUUAUCUUACUUCCAAGAUCCGUCUGCUGGUCCUGUGCAUUUGUUUACCACCUAUAACAGACUCACAAACCAGACCCACAUUUACAACAGUAGAGUUGAAUUGCUAGGCAAGCCCUAUGGGACCCAGCGUGGCAUCUAUUUACUCACCAGCUAUCUCACAGCUACAACGGCGGAGGAGUUUGCCUACCUGAUGCAAUCCCUCGGCCGGGCUACUCUGAUUGGUGAAAUUACUGCCGGCAGCCUGGCCCACUCGCACCCCUUCUGCAUACUCAGAUUAAAAGAAGAGGAAGGCUGCAGCCUCUUUAUCAAUGUGCCAUUUGUCACCUUCAUUGAUCACCAUGGUGAAUAUUGGCUGGAUGGCGAAGUGGUGCCUGAUGCCAUCGUGCUGGCCGAUGAGGCUCUGGAGAAAGCCCGAGAAGUGUUGGCAUUCCACAGAGAGAUGGGAGCACUGAUUGAGGAGCUUGGGCUGUUGCUUGAAGCUCAUUACGCCAUACCAGAGGUGGCCACACGGGCAAGAAGCAUAUUAAACUCCAAGCUGGCUCAAGGAGGCUAUCGCACAGCAGUGGAUUUUGAAAUGCUUGCCUUGCAGUUGACUACUGACCUUCAAGAAGCUUCUGGGGAUCACCAGUUGCAUACAUCUUACAACCAUGUGGAAACUUUCUUACAAGAACAGCUUCCCAACAAGACUCUGACCCCUGAGGAGAUCCGCUACAUAAUUGAGGAUCUGUUCAAGGUAGACAUUUUGCCUGGCAAUGUAGGAUAUUUGCGCUUUGACUUAAUUGCUGAAGCAGAGAUGAUGAAGGCCAUGGGACCCCAACUAUUGCAUAUUUGGGACAAGCUUGUGACCACAGAUGCUAUGAUUGUUGACAUGCGCUACAACACGGGCAGUUAUUCCACCGCAGUGCCCAUCUUUUGUUCCUAUUUCUUUGACAGUGAGCCCCAGCAGCACCUUUACACACUCUUUGACCGCAGCACCACUCGAAGCACAGAAGUGUGGACCUUGCCACAUCUCUCUGGCAAACGAUAUGGCUCGGCGAAGGAUAUCUACAUCUUAGUUAGCCACGUGAGUGGAUCGGCAGCUGAAGCCUUCGUUCGCUCUCUGAAGGAUCUCAAUCGGGCCACAGUCAUUGGGGAGCCCACGCUGGGAGGCUCGCUGUCUGCAAGUGUUUACCAUUUGGGCAGCAGCCCCUUGUAUGCUUCCAUCCCCAGCAAGGUGGUGCUGAGCCCCGUCACAGGCAAAGUGUGGAGCCUCUCUGGCGUACAGCCACAUGUCACCAGUCAGGCUUCAGAAGCCAUGACUUCCGCCCUGAAUAUUGUUGCUUUGCGCUCCAGCCUCCCCAGCAUUUUGCAGACGGUGGGCAAACUGGUGGCUGACAACUACGCUUUUGCUGAUGUUGGGGCUAUGGUGGCAGACAAACUUUCCGAUGAUGCCAAAAAAGAGACAUACCGGAAGAUCAAUUGUGAAAUGAAACUUGCUGAAAAAAUUGCAGCUGACCUAAAAGCUCUUUCUGGAGAUAAACACUUGAAAAUAACCCAUAUUCCUGAGCACCCACGCAACCAUAUUCCAGGGAUCAUGCCCAUGCAAAUUCUUUCCCCAGAAAUGUUAGAAGACCACAUUAAGUUUUCUUUCCAAACCAAAGUGUUCAAGAAUAACAUUGGUUACCUCAGAUUUGAUACGUUUUGGGACGGUGACCUUUGGCCUUGGUUCUCUGAGCUGAUGGUGGAAAAUGUCUGGAAGAAGGUGGUCCACACGGAAGCACUAAUCCUUGACAUGAGGUACAACACCGGAACGGGGCCCGUCUCCUCUGUGGCAACUCUGUGCUCUUACUUCUUCGAUGAAGGACAUCCAGUUCUACUGGACAAAGUCUACUACAGACCCAAUAAUACUCCCAGUGACCUUUGGACUCUUUCCCAACUUUUAGGUCAGAGGUACGGCUCCGAGAAAAGCGUGGUCAUUCUCACCAGCUCUGUGACCGCUGGGACUGCUGAACAAUUUGUGUCCAUCAUGAAGAGGCUGGGCAGAGCCUUGGUCAUCGGACAAAGGACCAGUGGGGGUUGCCUCCCUCCUCAGACGUUUCAUGUGGAUGGGACUGGCCUCUAUGUCACCAUCCCAACUUCUAGAUCCACUAUUUCUUCUGAGGACUCUUGGGAGGGUGUCGGAGUGGAUCCUCACGUGGCGGUUCCCAUUGAGAAAUCUCUCAUCCAAGCCAAAGAGAUUCUUGUUUCCCACCUCCAUAGUCUGAGUUAGAUUAGCAGAUCAAACCAGGCGUUUGCAUGAAGGCAAAAGGACAUCCAGUUCCCUUCCCUUGAGACUGCAUUUUGGCCUUGUAAAUUCAUGCCAGACAUCACAUCACUCUAGGUCUUCCAAUAUAUAUAUAUAUGUAUAGAUAGUACAAUAUAUAUUUAUAUAUAGUGCAAUAUAAAUGGUGCAAUAUACCUAUUUUUGUAAUGAACAAAAUUGUUGAUGUCACUUCAAAAGGCUUUGGACUAAAUGGAGUAAUUCUUUGCCUGCCCUGCCUCAGAACAGAUGUCAGUUACAAAAGUAAGAUAAAAUGCAAAUAAAAGCACAUACCAUUAGUAUUUGACCACUGAACACCUAUUA